UCAUAACUUCUCACUACCGCCGCCACAUCCUUGCGCGGCCUUCCUCUUACAAUCUUUAUAUCUUAUACUUAUAGUAUUUUAUGUUAUUUUUUUUGUAAAACCAGUUAAAAUGUUGCGAAUUUUAUCCUUAUUUUGUUUAGUCCUCGCUACUCAUUCUGCAUCUGCGUCCUUCAUAACACCAUGCAAGGCCGGCGACUCCGUCUGCUUGGCCUCGUCAGCAAAGGCCGCGAUAAUCGCGAUGGCGCACGGCAUUCCUGAGCUGGGCAUCAAAACGCUGGACCCUCUGAAGAUCCCUCUCAUCAAGAGCGAUCACGCCGGCCUCAAGCUCGCCUUUAGAGACUCCACUCUUACUGGCAUUAAGGAUUGCACCUUAGAAAGUAUAAAGUACGAUGCAGUGAAGCAGAAGCAGCUGCUGACGCUGAAGUGCAGCGUGGUGCUGAGGGGGAAGUACAACCUGGACGGCAAGCUGCUCAUCCUGCCCGUGCAGGGCGACGGGCCCUUUUCUAUUGACAUACGUGACGUGAAAAUCAAAGCGACCCUCGACUUGGGAACCGUGACUGGCAAAGAUGGCCUCCCGCAUUGGCACAUCAGCAAGUGGCGGUACACCUUCAAGGUUCUCACUGGCGCCAAGUUUGACUUCCAGAACCUUUUCAACGGAAACCAAGCCCUUGGUCAACCAGUCCUGGACUUCGCAAAUGAGCAGUGGAAGGACGUGAUGGAAGAGGUGGCUCCGCCGGUGGCUAAGGCUAUAGUCUCCGACAUGGUGGACGCGAUCGAGGCUUUGUACAUCGCUGUGCCAGCUACAGAACUUGUUGUAACUUAAUGGCAUUCAUAGUUGAUUGCAAAUGGAUUCAUGGUAUAAAAGUAAAAAUUGCAUAAAGUAAA